AUGUCCUUAGUUUUAACAAAAGCAGCACUAGCUUUAAAGAAUGCUGAAAACAAUUUCCAAGUUGUUAAAUUCGAAGCACACAAACCUAAAAAGAAACAAGGUGAAAAUAAUCAGGUAACUAAACCAAUAGAAAAUGCAAAUAAGGAUUUGGAUAUAAAGAAAAUAAGACAUGAAAUCGUCAAAUUUGGAAUGUCUGGUUUUGAUCCUAAUAAAAAGGAAGAAGCAAAAAUAGCUCUUGCAGUGAGUUUAGGUGCAAAACCUCCUAAAAGAGAAUACAUAAAUUAUAAAGAGUUAAUGCAAAAGAGGAAACAAGAAAAAUUAAAGCAAACCGAGGAAAAAAAAUCCAUGAUAGCUAAAAGUAAUCUAAGUACUGGUAUUAAGAAGAAGAAGCAAAAGAAAAAUGAUGUGGGACAUUUAUUAAGCAAUUAUGGAAAGGUUCAGAAAAAUGAUUUAAAAAAAGACUCAAAUAAAGGUCCCGGAAAAAGGAAAAAGAAG